AUGUACCGUCUGGUCUCUUGUCCACUCCAUGUUCUUGAAUUCCUGUGGGGUAGCGUAGCACUGACGCCCAUCGCUGUUGACUCGUGGCUGCCCUCGCUGUUGGGCUGGGAACGCCUGGUGCUGGGGUCAUGGAUGCUAGCCAUGCUUGUUGUGACUCAGAGCUAUACGGGAAACCUCAUGUCCCUGCUGGCGGUGCGCUACAUCCCGAUGCCGCUCCAGACGCUGCGUGCUCUGCUAGAUGACGUCGCCACCACAAUGAUCUGGGAGCACGACACCGCUUACGUCGACAACUUCCGUACAGCGGAAAUGGGCAUCAUGCUGGAAGUGAAGCAAGCCGAGGCGGCGGGCAGGAUCAAGUACGUUUUGGCGACGGAGUACCUCGAAACCUUGCAACAGUUAGUGCGACCAGGGACUCAUGCUUUCGUAGGCGAGGACCUCACCGAGCGGGUGCUCAUGGCUCAGCAGUUCUCACAGACAGGCCGAUGUGACUUCUACACGUCGCGAGAGUCCUUCAUGUCCUUCCUUUACUGCAUGAUCGGCCCCAAGCACAGCCCCCUCGUGCAGAGCAUCAGCAAACGUAUUACCUGGAUCACAGAGGCGGGACUCUAUCACCACUGGAUGAACAGCGUCACAUCUAACUCCACCAUGUGUCAGCGGCCUCCUACCAAGAUCACCGUCAGGACCUCCCUUUCGCUGAGGAACGUAUGGGCACCCUCUGUGUCCCCCCCCCCCCCAGGCACCUACCUUCUGUGCCCCCUGAGCUGCUUUCAGCGUCACACCACGCGCCCCUCUGGCGUUCCUCUCAGCGCUCGACCCCCCACCCCAACCCCACCACCUUGCCACAACCCUGGUACGGCGAGUGAGCACGUUGCCUUCUUGAACACUGUGGUUCGCUCCCUGAGCCACUGUGGCCCCUGGCACGAGCCAGCGCCCCUCACUCGUCACGAACUGCUGUGGCCCCUCUUACCCUCAGCGCUGCUCCACCUUCACGACUGCCGCUCUAAUACCAAGUUCCUCAUCGACACCGGCGUUGACAUUACAGUUCAUCUUGACGACAUACCGAAGAUUGCCGUCAUCACGCCCUUCGGUCUUUUUGAGUAA